ACUCGCUGUGUCUCUCUCCACUCAGACGUAGCAGUAAUUUGUUGACAUGAAAUUGAAGUGCAUUCUGGGCCUUGCGGUCCUUGUGGCUGUCUCAGCCUGGGCUGAGGAGGAGGCUUUGACUGGUUCAGAGCGGAUUGAGAGAGCCAACAGGGACGUUGUGCGAUCUCCUGGUGAGCCGUACAUAGAGGACGAUGUUGCGUAUGAGUCAGAGGCUGUGAGGAACGCUGACCCCUGCACGUCUGAAGGCUGCAUGUGGCCCCGGUCCGCCGACGGGAAGGUCUACGUGGCCUACACCAUCUCCAGAGUGUUCUCCCCUCGUGCGGUGGCCAUCAUUACGCGUGGUCUGCAGUCCUUCCACGAAGUCUCCUGUAUCCGCUUCGUCCAACGCACCGGCCAGAGAGACUACCUGAAUAUCCAGUCCCUUAACGGGUGCUACUCCUACCUCGGCCGUCUCGGCAAUGGGCAGGAUCUGUCCCUGGAUCGUUCAGGCUGCGUUUACCACCACACUGUCCAGCAUGAGGUGCUCCACGCGCUGGGCUUCCACCACGAGCAGAAACGCUCCGACCGGGACGAGUACAUCCGCCCUGUGCUGGAGAACGUCAUCCCUGGACAGGAGCACAACUUUGACAAAAUCCUCACUCUGAACCAGGGAACCCCCUACGACUACGGCUCUGUGAUGCAUUACCACAGGUAUGCUUUCUCCAAAAACAACCAGCCCACCUUGGUGGCCAUCCCUGACCCCAGCGUGCAGUUCGGCCAGGCCUCCGAGAUGAGCAAGAUGGACAUCAUCAGGCUCAACAAGCUGUACUGCUGAACCGUCUCCGGGUGAAUAGGGUGAAGCAGAAAAUACUUCAGGAAUUAUCAUCAUCGUCGCUGUCAUUUUUCUCAAUCGCUUGGUCAUUCAUUUUAAAUUGCUUUAAUGAACAUCAAUAAAUUUGCUUUCAAGCAUACAGUU